AUGGGGAGAGGCAGGAAGAUGUCCAAGCCCCGCGCGGUGGAGGCGGCGGCGGCGGCGGCGGCGGCGGCGGUGGCAGCGACGGCCCCGGGCCCGGACAUGGCGGAGCGGAGGGGCCCGGGGAGGCCCCGCGCCAACGGGGAGAAUGUGUUCACCGGGCAGUCCAAGAUCUACACCUACAUGAGCCCGAACAAAUGCUCUGGAAUGCGUUCCCCCCUUCAGGAAGAGAACUCAGUUGCACAUCGCGACGUCAAAUGCCAGGGGAAGCCAUUAGCCGGGAUCUACAGGAAACGGGAAGAGAAAAGAAACACUGGGAACGCACUACGAAGCUCCAUGAAGUCCGAGGAACUAAAGAUCAAAGACGCCAGGAGAGGUCCCCUGGCACCUUUUCCAAACCAAAAAUCCGAAGUAGCAGAACCUCCAAAAACUCGGACCUCGUCUUGUGACUCCUCCGGUGCCGCCAUCGCCAAGCAGGCCCUGAAGAAGCCCGGCAAGGGCAAGCAGGCGCCUCGGAAAAAAGCUCAAGGGAAAACGCAACAGAAUCGCAAACUCACAGACUUCUACCCUGUGCGAAGGAGCUCCAGGAAGAGCAAGGCCGAGCUGCAGUUUGAAGAAAGGAGAAGAAUAGACGAAUUGAUCGAAAGUGGAAAGGAAGAAGGCAUGAAGAUCGACCUCAUCGACGGCAAAGGCAGGGGCGUGAUCGCCACCAAACAGUUCUCCCGGGGCGACUUUGUGGUGGAGUACCACGGGGACCUCAUCGAGAUCACCGACGCCAAGAAGCGGGAGGCUGUGUACGCGCAGGACCCCUCCACCGGCUGCUACAUGUACUAUUUCCAGUAUCUGAGCAAAACCUACUGCGUGGAUGCCACCAGAGAGACAAACCGCCUGGGAAGGCUGAUCAAUCACAGUAAAUGUGGGAACUGCCAAACCAAACUGCACGACAUCGACGGCGUGCCUCACCUCAUCCUCAUCGCCUCCCGCGACAUCGAGGCGGGCGAGGAGCUCCUGUACGACUACGGGGACCGCAGCCGGGCCUCCAUCGAGGCCUACCCCUGGCUGAAGCAUUAA